GUGUUUUUAGUCUUGCGAGGAUUUGAGUGAAAGCGCUCAGCUAGCACCUUAAGGAAAUCUCCUUCCUGUUUCUUUUCUGUGGCACGAGGUUAGCUAAAACAAACCAUCCAAAAUGGACGCGAUCAAGAAGAAAAUGCAGGCGAUGAAGAUCGAGAAGGAUAAUGCGCAGGACAAAGCCGACACCUGCGAGAACCAGGCCAAGGAGGCUAACCUCCGCGCGGACAAGAUCAUGGAGGAGGUCGCCGAGCUGACCAAGCGUCUGGAACAGGUCACUCAGGAUCAUGAGAAGUUCAAGGCGUCGCUGGAACAGGCGACCAAGGACUGCGAGGAGAAGGAUAAGCUGCUCACCUCCACCGAGGCGAACGUAGCCGCCCUGACCCGCAAGGUGCAGCAGGUUGAGGAGGAUCUGGAAAAGUCUGAGGAACGUUCGUCCGCCGCGCUGUCCAAGCUGCUGGAAGCCACCCAGUCGGCUGAUGAGAACAACCGUAUGUGCAAAGUGUUGGAGAACCGUUCCCAGCAGGAUGAGGAGCGUAUGGACCAGCUGUCCAACCAGCUGAAGGAAGCCCGUAUGCUCGCUGAAGAUGCUGAUACCAAGUCGGAUGAAGUGUCCCGCAAGCUGGCCUUCGUUGAAGACGAGCUGGAAGUCGCUGAGGAUCGUGUCAAGUCCGGCGAGGCCAAGAUCAUGGAGCUUGAGGAGGAGCUGAAGGUCGUCGGUAACUCCCUGAAAUCUCUGGAGGUGUCGGAAGACAAGGCCAACCAGAGAGUGGAAGAGUUCAAGCGCCAGCUGAAGACCCUGACCAUCAAGCUGAAGGAGGCGGAGACCCGCGCCGAAAACGCCGAGAAGAACGUCAAGAAACUCCAGAAGGAGGUCGACAGACUAGAAGAUGAGCUGGGCGUCAACAAGGACCGAUACAAGUCUUUGGCCGACGAGAUGGACUCCACGUUCGCCGAGUUGGCCGGCUACUAAGCUGCUACCUUCUGGCUCGAUCGGACGGUCGAUCGAAGGGGUGUGCGAAUGCUCAGUCCUGGUGCACUUUGGUACACCGGAACCGGAUCGCACCUUCCGAAACACCUGCGCAGAACUCUAUUACUACCAACCUAUCCGUCAACAGUGCGACCGUUUGAAGGCAUUUUUAACCAACUUUUGCGAUCGAAAUAAUCGAGACGAGCUUAGUAAACAGCCAGGAGCAUACACAAAGAAUUGUGAAGAAAAUGUAAGAAGGAGUGCGAAAAAGAGAGAGAGAGUACUUAAGAACAUCUUAAAACGCGAUAUUUAACACCACCGUCCCAGAUGGUACAGGAGCCAACAGAAAAGAAAAAUCAGCCAAGCCCUCGUAAACACCCAAAGAGACCAUCCUAGAAAUGCAAGGUUCCAUAUGAUCAUGUUGUUGUUGUUGAUGUUGUUGUCAUUUGUUGCUAGUCGCCAGGCUUGCAUAGGGCCCUGUGUAAAAGAACCUUGCCCACCGGGGGGCGCGCAUCGUAGUGUAGUGGGUGGUACUGUGGUGUCCGUCAGUCAACUUCGGUGUUGGGAGUCACCCAAUGCCGAACCCGGCUCUGCACUGCUUCCCCGGCAGGAAGCGAACAGAGAGAGAGAGAAAGAGAGAGCGGUGACACACUGUCUUAGAUCCGGGAAAAAAAAACAUAUUAACAACACCAAACCAAACAGUUGAAGCAUGUGCAAUCUUCCAACGUCUACUUUCUCUUGAUAAAUGUAUUAUUUAUAUCUUUUGAAUAAAACUAUGAGGACGGUAAAUAAUUUUAAGUAAAACAUCCAGAAACCGUGCGUCA